AUGCCACCCCAACGACGACACGGUCACCUCCGACAGCAGUAUGAAAACUCGAUGUACAGUCAGUCGAGCAAUCGAAGCAGCAUUUAUGCUCCCUUCAUGCCAGAUGGACCGGCUUAUCAUCAUCAUCAUCAAGAGGCCCAAAUUCCAAAGCCCCAAAUUCCAAAGCGAAAUGUCGGAGGAUUUUCUGACCAAAGAUCCGAAACGUCGAGUGCAUAUAAUGAUUUCAUCGGCCUAACUCCAACUGAAGAGAAGAAAUGCGAUUCCGAAAUUUCAUCCAAGCUUUCCAGUCUAAUUGAAUCCCGUUUCGACGACCAACGCGAUGAAACUAAAGAACUGAUAACGAAAGCAGCUUCUGAAAUCAAGGAAGACGCCAAGGGGAACGCGAGCGAUCUAUCGUCAAAGUUGGACGAUAUGAAUAAAAGAGUGACGAAGUUGGAGGAAAAGUCAAUUACGAGAAAAGACUUGACUGCACUUUUCGAAUCUGGCAAAGCGGCAUUGAUGGUCGAUCUAAAGCAAGAAAUCGACAAGAAGGCGAAAGAAUUGAGCGCCGACUAUACAAUUUCCAGAAACACUGCUUCGCAAGGAGUCCAGUGUUCCAUGUCCCAGGAAAGCAUUUGCUCAACGCCUGAAGUGCCGAAAAAGAAACGGAGGAAGCGAUGCGAUUCGACUCCGCCAGCUAGCCCGAUGCGUCAAUCUCAGGGCAUCACGAAACGGCGGUCGGGAUCGAAGAAGUUCUUGUCUGAAAAGCCUGCAAAGCUUGGUCUUCAAAUGGCCGACGUGAACAAGAAAAGAAAGACUCGACGCUUCAGCGAUCGUCUCGGGGCUGAAGAAGAUGAAUUCUUCCUUUCAUUGCGUCCGACUACACCAGAGAUGCCUAAGAGAGAAAAACGGCCUAGACGGAUUGAUAUAUUAAGAGAAGAAGAUUCGCCGGUUUACCCAAGAACAUGUCCUCCUCGGCCAAGAACGCAGAAAAAACCGGCUCCGUGCCUUCCUGUUCCAAUCUUCAGGGAUGAAACUCUCGAAGUUAUUCCUGAAAAUUACGGAGAUUCAUCUGAAGAUGAUACUUACCGAAGAUCUCAGAUUACGCCCGGAACAAUUCUUCAGAGAAGAAGAAGAAAAAUCAGGACCUCGAAAAGUAUCUUCGAUUUUUCAAAGGGAGAGAGUUCUAGCGACGAAACCACAAUUUCUGUCGACUCUUCCCACGAAAACUACCGAACUUCUGAAUACGGAACACAAGAUGGUUCUUUUUGA